UACUGCCACCUAUCAGUGAUGCAGCGACACUGCAUAUGUGUUCUGUCACUCCAGCGCUAUGGCUGAACAGGAAGCGCCUGCACCUUUGAAAUCUCUCAACUCGUAUGGUCCAACAUAUAUCUCUUUUAUUAAUAAAUCCAGCCGGAAUGCCGAAGCAUGGUGGCUAGACUUCGCGGGGAAGCCGGUGUCUUACGGCGACAUACAACCGAGGAAAUCGCUUAAGAUGGACACUUUUCUGACUCAUCCGUGGAUCUUCAGAGCAUCUGACGGAGCUAAACUGCUGGCUAACCUCAAUGAAGUUUACUUUCCCACUCCUGCGCAGUAUGAGGAGUACGGGUACCCGCGGUACCAGCCUGUGUAUGUGACUGCACCAGUGUACUCAUUACAAGAAUACUGCACACGUUUGAUCAGGAGUAUGGUGAGAAAAGAAGACAUCUGCAAGCUGGAAAUCCCCGAGGGUUUGAGAAAGGACCUCAACCUUGAACCUGAUCUACUGAGAGACAUUCAGAUUUUAUCUGCCAAGAGAUCAAUAAAUGGUUCAAACUGACCAUUUUCACUCAUUUAUGAUAUAAUGUUCAAAGUAUGCAGAAGCUUUCACUUUGAACGUGUGAAAAAAGUAACCCUUUUUAAAAAUAUAUAUAUUUCUGUGUUCUUUUAUGCAAUGACAGGGCAUCAGCACUUUGUUAUAUUUCCUCGACCAAUCAGAUUCGAGGAUAGCAACUAACUGUUGUACAUGAAAGCAACAAAUAUGGGUUAAAAUAAAUUUAUUUAAAUUUUUUUUACACCAAAGAACAUUAAAUUGACAUCUCAGUUUUUAUAUGUGAACAUUUUGCCCUUAAAAAUCAAUGAGAGAAAUAUAUUUUAUGAUAAGUACUUUUUUUUAUUUUUAUGAAUAUUGCACUUUGGACACAGGCAUAUAGAGGUCCCUGAAUAUUAUGUAAACAAUUAUUUUGUAAUUUUUUUUAGUUUAUUAAAAUGAGCAGACUG